AUGGAUCACAGCUGCGGAAAGUGCAACAAUCCCGAUGACGAUUAUAUGGUUGCUUGCGAUUCCAGCGAGGUAUGGUAUCAUUUGGAUUGUGUGAGCGAAUCUCCGGGAGUGGCAGAACGGGACUUUGUGUGCUUUAAAUGCACUGACAAGAAGGAGAAAAGAGGAAAGGGGAAAGCUGAUGCUACCGUGCCCAUCAAAUCCAACAAAUCUCGUGUAUCAAAAGGUCCGAAGCCAUCCGAGCCCGAGGGAAAUUACGAUCAAUCCGAAGUUAUUCCGGAUCCGAAUCAAAAGGAGAAAGAAACAGAAUACUCGGAGGAAAACUACCAAAGAAACAAAUCUGAUUUAUCCAAUAGAAGUGAAUCUAAUGAGUUGCGAAGACAGGCGGAAUUCGAACGUUUGGAAGAAGAAAUGCUAGAAAGAGAAAAACAAUACGAACAUGAAAAGGCAUUAAAUGUGAAGCGGUUGGAAUUGGAGGAGAAAUUUCAACGGAAAAAGCUGGAUCAUGAACGGGAAUUGAGGCAGAGGAAGCUGGAUCAACAGCGAGAAAUGUAUCGUAUUCAGUUAAUGGAGGAAGCAGAUUUUGUGAAGCAGCAGGAUGAACUUCUGACACAGUUCCAAACACUCAGAAGUAAGUUACAGUCUAGCGUUGAGAAGACUGACAAUAUGAACACUGGUGCUGACGGUGUUCACGCAACAUGCAGUAGGAGAAAUCUACCUGUUCCUGAAAUACAAGAGACUCCAAGAUGUAUCCCGAAUUCGAAGUUGCCCGUACCCACUAAGCUGAAGGAAAUUUUUAAGCAUGAUGGUUCUGCAUCGAAUGGCAGUGAGGAAGAGCGAUUAGAAACAAGCGAGGAGGAAUCGGAUAUCGAACCUGAACAAACACCAUCGAACGAGUUGAAGGUAAAAUUCCAGAAGUCCAAAGGAUCAGCGCCAACUAAAGCCCAGAUCGCCGCCCGACAGGUAAUGACUAAGAAACUUCCUGUCUUCAGCGGUAGAGUGGAGGAGUGGCCAAUUUUCUUUAGCAGCUACACAAAUUCUACAGAGGCAUGCGGAUUUACGGACGUAGAAAAUUUAGUGCGGCUUCAAGAGAGCCUCAAAGGUCCAGCAUUGGAAUCGGUAAGAAGCAGGUUGCUGCUUCCGAAAGCAGUGCCUCAAGUGAUCGAUACUCUGCGUAUGCUUUACGGGCGUCCAGAACAGCUCAUUCAUACGUUGUUGAAUAAGGUUAGAAGAACGGAAUCACCUCGUACCGAUCGCCUAGAGACGUUUAUACCAUUUGGAUUGGCAGUACAGGAGUUGUGCGACCACUUGGAGGCAGCAGAGCUGUAUAAUCAUUUAAUGAAUCCUAUCUUGAUCCAAGAGCUGGUGGACAAGCUGCCAGCUGCAACGAAGCGCGAAUGGGUCCAUUUCAAACGUGCUUCUGUGAAUACAACACUACGAACGUUCGCAGAUUUCGCUUCAGGCAUUGUAUCGGAGGCGAGUGAGGUGAUUUUAGCCGUGGAUCUACAAGGUUCAUCUAAGCCUGACAAGUCAAAGAUGAAGGACAAGGGCUUCAUUCAUGCGCAUAGUGAUGCUACUGCACCACCGCCGUUUAGCCCAUGUCGUGUUUGUAAAACGGCUGGACAUCGCACGAGAAAUUGCGAAGAGUUUCGUCGAUUGAGUUUGGGAGAACGGGUGAAAAUGAUGGAGCGUUUGAAAUUAUGUGAACGAUGUCUGAAUGAACACACAGGAUGGUGUCGUUUUAAGAUCACGUGCAACGUCGGAAAUCGUCGUCUACAACAUCAUCCGCUGGUACAUCGUGAAGCUGUUUCUAAUCCACAAGUUGAUAUUUUCGAUCAAGGACAGUUGCAUACGCAUCUGGAUGGAAAAGUGCCAGUGAUUUUUAGAAUUGUGCCUAUAAAACUACAUAAUGGUUCGCGAACGAUCACUACUGUUGCUUAUCUUGACGAAGGAUCUUCCAUGACCCUGGUUGAAGAGAAUAUUCUACGUGAGUUGGGUAUACAUGGUAAUCCACAACCGUUGACGCUUCAAUGGACGGGGAAUAUAGUACGCCGAGAAUCAUCGUCGGAGUGCGUUUCAUUGCAAGUAGAAAGCGAAGCGGGUCACCGACUAGAUUUGAAGGAUGCUCAUACGGUUAAAAAGUUGUACCUGCCAAAACAGCGAAUUGAUUUUCAUGAAAUCUCCAGUCAGUAUCAGCAUUUGCGGGGUGUGUUGGCCACAAAUCACAUCGGUACGGAACCCAAAGUUUUGAUCGGCCUCAACAACGCACAUUUGCUCGCGCCUUUAGAAUCGAGAGUGGGAAAUGUCAACGAACCGAUUGCUGUCCGCUCACAAUUAGGUUGGACGAUUUACGGGCCAAGAGAAAAUCAACCAUCAACGGGGUUUGUUGGCUAUCACGGCGGUUAUACUAAUGAGGAAUUACACGAAAAGAUGCGUGUGUUUUUUAUGACGCAAGAACCAAAGACUAUUGUGAGUAAGCUUCCUGAAUCAGCUGCGGAUCGGAGAGCACGAGAAUUGCUAGAAACUACUACGGUUAAAGUGGGCGAUCGUUUCGAAACCGGUCUUCUUUGGAAUACGGAUGAUGUGAACUUACCGGACAGUUACAAUAUGGCAUACAAGCGUCUUCAGGGGUUGGAACGACGCGUCUUGAAAGAUCCGGAGCUUCAUGAAAAGGUGAAACAGAAAAUCGAAGACUAUUUAGCUAAGGGCUACGCGCAUAAAGCGACCUCGGAAGAAUUAGCAACAGCGGAUCCCAAAAAGAUCUGGCAUUUACCACUCAGCGUAGUUGUAAAUCCAAAGAAACCUGAGAAAAUUCGGUUGGUUCUUGACGCAGCGGCGCAGGUGGAUGGCGUUUCGCUAAAUUCGAUGCUUCUUGUGGGGCCAGAUUUACUAACCGCGCUUGAUGCAGUAGUUCAGAAAUUCCGUGAGCGACAGGUGGCAUUUGGAGGCGAUAUACGCGAAAUGUACCACCAAUUUCGAAUGAAGACGGCCGAUAAGAAUUUCCUACGUUUCUUGUUCCGUUCAAACCCCUCGGCUAAUCCAGAAACGUACUUGAUGGAUGUAGCCAUUUUUGGAUCAGCGUGUUCUCCGGCAUCCGCGCAGUACAUUAAAAAUCUGAACGCGUCACAGUAUGCCAAUCGAUUUCCAGAGGCAUCGAGCGCCAUCGUUCAUAAACAUUAUGUGGACGACUACCUGGAUUGUUCAAACACUACGAAGGAAGCUGUCGAGCGAGCACAACAAGUUCGGUACAUCCACCGUCAAGCUGGGCUAGAAAUUCGUAAUUGGGUUUCAAAUUCAAAAGCGUUUCUUGAAGCUAUGGGAGAAAUCACCUUGAAUGAGGAAGUAUCGCUGAACAGCGGCGAGAGCGAAUUAUGUGAACGAGUUCUAGGGAUUAUUUGGCGACCAAGCGACGAUGUGUUCACAUUUUCAACGACGAUGCGUAGCGACCUAAUGCCGUACAUGACAACCGAUAAGCGACCUACCAAACGGAUCGUCCUGAGCUGUAUUAUGAGUCUAUUCGAUCCUUUGGGGCUGUUGUCGCCGUAUACUAUUCACGGAAAAGGUUUGCUGCAAGAUACAUGGCGUUCCGGAUGUACAUGGGACGAACAAUUGAAUGACGAAUGCUACGAGAAAUGGUGCCGUUUGAGAGCAGCGUUUACCAUUAUUGAGAAGAUAAAAAUUCCCAGAUGUUAUCUACGAGAUACUCCACCCUCAGCCUACGAAACAUUGGAAGCCCACGUAUUUUUGGACGCCAGUCAGGACUAUUACGGCUGUGCAGUUUACUUCCGCAUCACUCAUCUUGGAAUGUCAAGAUGUUCUCUGGUGGCUGCGAAAACCAAGGUAGGUCCAUUGAAACCAUUGUCCAUUCCCCGAAUGGAGCUACUUGCUGCAACGCUCGGAGAUCAUUUACUUAAUGCUGUGCUCGUGAAUCAUGAUCUGAAGGCAUUGAGACGUUUUCUGUGGACGGACUCCUCCACAGUUCUUCACUGGUUGGCGGCAGAUCCAAGAAAAUACAAGCCGUUUGUUGCUUACCGUAUUGGCGAAAUUCUCCAGGAAUCAAGUCUGAAUGAAUGGCAUUAUGUACGUAGUAAAUUGAAUAUUGCCGACAUUCUUACAAAAUGGAAAAGCGAUGCGUUUUUGGAAUCCGACGGGCCAUGGUUCUGUGGCCCGGAGUUCCUUCAACAUCCAGAAGAAGAUUGGCCAAUACAUAAUCGUCCUCCACCGAAUCGCAACCUAGAGCUGAGGGCGUGUCAUAUGUUCCAUACAGCAACAAAAAACAUACAAUUCAUCGAUGUCGCUAGGAUAUCUAAAUGGAAUAUCUUGGUGCGUACCAUAUGCUGUGUUAUACGAUUCAUUUCUAAUUGCCGCCGUAGAGGGCAACGAAAGCCUAUAGAAACAUUAAAUAUUCCGGAAUUUUUUAAAUACGUUCAACGUCCAGUGUGUUCCAUCGACGUCCCGCUUAAGCAAGAGGAGUACGAACUAGCCGAACAGAUCCUAUGGAAACAGGCGCAACGAGACUGUUACAAAGACGAAGUUACUGUCAUAUCGAAGAACCAGGAGUUGUCGCGAGAAGAGUGGUUGCAGAUCGAGAAAUCAAGUCCUCUGUAUAAACAAAGUCCAUUCCUUGAUGAAUAUGGAGUUCUACGUAUGGAUGGGCGGUUAAGAUUAGCAGAUUUUGUACCCUAUGAUACUCGUUUUCCUACCUUACUUCCCAGAAAUCAUAUUAUAACCUACCGACUCAUCGAAUCAUAUCAUCAACGGUAUGGGCACGCCAACAAAGAAACUGUCUUCAACGAACUACGUCGACGAUUUUCUAUUCCCAAGUUAAGAAUAUGUGUGGCCCAAGUAAUGAAGAAUUGCCAGUGGUGCAAGGUACAUAAAACUAAACCGGAAUUUCCUCGAAUGGCUCCACUACCAGCUGAACGGCUCGUACCAUUCGUGAAGCCAUUUAGCUACGUAGGGAUUGACUACUUUGGGCCUAUAGACGUCACAGUUGGUCGAAGAACUGAGAAAAGGUGGAUUGUUCUGUUCACUUGCUUAAAUGUUCGAGUAGUUCAUCUGGAAGUCGCGUAUCGCUUGAACACCGAAUCCUGCAUAAUGGCCAUUCGUCGGUUUGUAGUACGGAGAGGACCACCUAUUGUCAUCUUCUCAGACAACGGUACAAACUUUAAGGCAGCCAACAGGGAGUUACAAGAACAGAUUCAACGCAUAGAUGCUUCAUGUGCAAAUGUUUUUACCAACGCAAGAACUCGGUGGAGUUUCAACCCUCCGUCUGCGCCUCACAUGGACGGCGUGUGGGAGCGCAUGGUCCGCUCAGUUAAGGAAAUGAUGUCAACACUAAAUAAUGAACAACGACUGAACGAUGAGAUAUUGCUCACAGUGAUUUCCGAAGCAGAGGAGAUAGUUAACGCCAGGCCACUUGUUUACGUGCCGCAAGAUUCAGAUACAGGAGAGGCUAUAACGCCUAAUCAUUUUUUACGUGGUAUAUCGUCGGAACUUGAGAAUCAAUUACACCAACUAACGAAAUAG